AUGUCAUGGGUGCUGAACUCUCAGCGAACUGAAAAGUCUGCCAUCGUAAAAGUGGUUCCCGGAUUCAACAAGUUGCUGGGAACCAGUAUCGACGACUCGGCAGCACGCCUCAGUCACGUAUACUCCGUCUACGUUCUCCUCAUAUUCGCCGUCGUCGUCAGCACCUCACAGUUCGUCGGCAAUCCAAUCCAUUGCUUGAUACCCUUACUGGACAUCAAAGAUAGUUCGUAUCAGAAAUACAUCGAGAACCUCUGUUGGGUCGCGAAUACAUAUUAUGUUUCAUUCAACGAAGGUGAAUUUCCGGUAGACAAAAUUGAGCGCUCUGCGAAACACAUUACGUAUUAUCAAUGGGUUCCAUUGUUACUAGUGAUUCAAAUGUUCCUGUUUAAACUUCCGAACGUAAUUUGGGUGCUGCUACAUGCGUACGGGGGACUAAGCCUGUCCGGACUGGUGAAAUCGGUAGCUGAAAUCAACGAAAUCGAUCCAAAGGACCGAGAGAACGUGAUCUCCAACCUCGGGUCGCAGAUCGACCGAUGGUUAGAGGUACAGAAGCUUUAUAAACGGAACAGCUGCAUAAACGCUAUUAGUGCAAUUUCUAGAUACUUUGUGUGCCUGUGUAACAAACGAAAUGGGACAUUUCUAACUGGGUUAUACUUAUUUACUAAACUUGUAUAUGCUGGGAGUGUGAUUGGACAGUUUUUUGUACUUAACGCCUUUAUGGCUACGAACUAUACCAUGUAUGGCUAUGAAGUAUUAAACAGCCUGCUAUCGAAGAGACCGUGGCGCGAUAGUCCGCGCUUCCCGACGGUCACCUUCUGCGACUUCGAAAUCCGCCAGCUACAGAACGUGCAGACGUUCACGGUACAGUGCGUGCUCCCUGCCAACCUCUUCAACGAGAAAGUGUUUAUCUUCAUGUGGUUUUGGUUAUCUCUCGUCACACUUGUGUCCGUGUUCAGCCUACUAAAGUGGCUCUACAUCUCCACUUAUAAGCCGUCCAACCUGCGUUACGUUAAGAAAUACCGCACAAUCGUCGGCAAAUUCCCAUUGAGGACGGAGCGGCGGCUGUUCAAGCGGUUUGUGCACCAAUACCUCCGGGACGACGGCGUGUUCGUGUUACGCAUGCUCGCCAGAAACACUACCGAUAUUGUGAUCGCGCUCCUCAUUGAUAAUCUCUGGCAGAACUACGUGGGCCAGCAGAAGCGCCAGUUGAAGAACGGGUCAUGGUCCAAGAAUGAAACGAAUCAAUUGGCAUCCGAUUAACAUGCGUUUUGAUGGCGAAAUAACGGACACUAUCACAGUAGGUUGAAAAAUAAUGUAUCAAUACUCCGUCAUUAAGCUUAAAAUACGAUCAAGAAUUAACAUAAAAUGAUGGAGACUUUCACAGGUUUGUGUUUUUAAGCCAAUAAUGGUAUUGUAGUUGAUGAAAUUUAUAUUAAUAUUUUCAGUAUUUC